AUGUUAGACCAACAGCACACAGGACUUUUAUAUUCUGCCAAUGAUGAUAACAUCUAUGCCUUGGGAUCAAUCGCUGUUGUUAUUGCUUGUCUACUAAAAGGGAGAUACGGCAACAAUUCUGCAGCCAUAAUCGCGGCAAAGAUGACUAGCUCCUUUCCUGCCAUCAAUUUCGGAUUGUUAGUUGGUAUCGGAGGCGGGAUUCCAUCCAAAGUUCGACUUGGAGCCGUGGUUAGUGCUCCACCUGACCAGUAUCCAGGAGUUGUUCAAUUGGAUUUUGGCAAAACAGAGGGCGGUGGGAGAUUUAGACGAACUGGAGCGUUAAACAGCCCGCCGAGUGCGCUUCCCGAGAUCUUUGCAAUACUAGAGUCAGAGCAUGAGAUGCAAGAACCCAAGAUUCCCUGCUUCAUAAGUGAAAUGAGACGUAUACGACCGAGACUACAUCCAAAAUAUUUCUGGACUGCUUCCCUCAAAGACCCUUACGACAAAAGCAUGGAAAGAGGGGUGGAUACGUCUACUAUUUCUACAAUUGAGCAAGCGUCAGACGCAUGCUCAACUAUAGCAGAAGGGGCGAAAAGAUAGGAGCGGGUGG